CCACAUCCACAAUGGCUUCCUGUAGUCUGCCUUAUAUUGCAGACGCCAGGAACCUGCCAGCAACUCUACCGAACGUCCACGAGAUCGAAUCUGCGGAAGAGAUCUUCAGCGACACAACGGGACGUAAAGUUGUUGGUGUGGGCACUCACUUUGUUGUCAAGUACGGAGUCCAGGUUGAUCCCCUCGAGGGCAAGACGAUGCUGUUCCUGGCACAAUCGACACUGGUCCCAGUCCCGCAGAUUUACGCGAUGUUCCAAAACUCCGCACAAAAUACCACAUACAUCAUCAUAGAGCGUAUCAAAGGUUCAGGUCUGGAUCUGGAGUGGCCUCGGAUGGACUCUGCAUCUAAGGAAGCUGUUACAUUCCAGCUUCGGAACAUUUUCGGAGAGAUGCGAAAGCUGGCUUCCCCUGGUGGGUACUGCAGCGUCGGCCAUGGAGGACUACCAGACGGUCUUUUCUGGACGGACAAUCCAUCGAAUUCAUUUGCCGGACCUUUUGAAACGGAAGCGGAGCUUAACAAAGCCCUGAUUCUCAAAUACACAGAGAGUGGUCUCUCGAAGCACAAGGCAAAUUACUACACUCGCACGUUCACUGGUGUUUUUCAGAGCCACAAGCCCACCUUCUCGCAUGCAGACUUUCAACGGAAGAACAUUCUUAUACGCGAUCGGGAGACGCAACCAGACAGUGCGCACUCCGAGUUGGUUAUCAUAGAUUGGGAGUUUGCUGGCUGGUACCCAAGCUACUGGGAGUACGCCCGAGCUAUCUUUGCUUGCGGACGAUGGGACGAUGACUGGAAUGAUUGGGUUGACAAUAUUCUGGAGCCGUUCCGUAACGAAUAUGCGUGGAUGGAGAUACUGCUCAGGGAGCUGUGGUCGUAAUCUACGUGUGCUCGAGACGAUCAACUGCGCUCUCAGACCGGUCGUGUGUGCAAGCUUCUAAACUCUUUACAUCAGUCCGUAUCAGAGGUACAAGGGACGUAGUCGUUGGCGUUCAACCUAAACCCAUUCUACGAUCCGGGACUGCGAUACUGAUCUCUGCGUGCUGCAAUUAGGGGUUCCUUGAAGUAAUCUAGUGUACGUAGUGAUAGGUCCACAAAG